AUGAUUCAGAUAAAAAUUUUUGUUUACAUCAUCCUUCAUUAAAAUAAAUAAAGUAAUAUAAUGUAGAACAGGAAGUUAGUUGAAUUAACUAUAAAUUUAAGAUCGGAUUCUUAGUGUAUAAGUAUCCUAAUAAAGAUUAUAAUGAAGAGGAUAUGCGCUUAAUUUUAAAAGACCAUCAAUCUCUAUCCUAAGUAAUAUUAUAUAUGGUAUGAAUGGAGCGACAGCGUACAAAGGAAAGUUUGUCAAAUAGGCGAAUUAGUGUAUCUCGAUGACCGUUUAAAGUCUGAUAAGAAAUUAGGAAUCAGAGUUGUAAAAUUUAAAAAUUAAAAGUAUUACUAGGAAAAUGAAUGUUCACAAUAUUUUAAAUAUAUGCUAACUCACAUAUAAGAGAGAUAUUACAUAAAAAACUAAUUAAAUAAAAAGGUAUACUAAAUGAUGGAAUAUGAAGAUAAAGAGGACUCUGUAUACAUUAUACCUUAGUAAGAAUACAUUAUUUAAAAUGAGCAACCUGUCAAAAUAAAUGUUUUCAAUCAGCAGAAUAAUUUAAAUUUUAAGAGGAUUACAAGUCAGCAAAAGCAAUUUAUAAAAAUGAAAAAAGUGUCUAUGAAAAGCUUCUAAAUUCAUUUUUAAAAUAAAAAAAUUAGUAAAAUUUUAUUGGAGAAUCAAUUUAAGAAAAGCAAUAGCAAAAUUAAUCCUACUAAUUAUAAAUAAUAUUAAAGUAAAAAUAAGAGAAUAUGA